AUGCCGUUUCGCCGCGCCCUCCGCCUGGCGCCCGGAGCCGCAUCGCGACGUCCUCGAUGGACGCGCCCGCCGCGCGCCAGCCCCCGACGCAUCCCCGAAGAAGCCGACGAACUCCAGGCCGCGGGCAGCCUGCGAGGGGUCGGAGGCCACGAGCGGCCCCGAGGCAGCGCCCCGCGGCCCCUGGGCGGCGGCGCUCUCGGAGGGACCGGCCCCCCCGCCAACGCUCGCAGGCGCCAGCGCCCUGCUCGGCCCAGCAGCGCUGGCCGACAGCCGACCCCCAGUCUCCUGCCGGAGCCGAAAUCCUCGCCUGCUCCGGGUCUGUCUUCAGCACCGCCUCGAGGCCGGGCAGCCAACCCGCGGUCCUCUGGCACGCGCCUCAAGUCGCUGUCGGCGGCGUUCAAAGAAGCCUCGCCCCCCUCCUCUUUCAGCAGCUCGCUCGCCUCGCCGUCUCCGCCCCUGGAGGAGAGUUCGUCCGUCGUCGAGGAAUCCCGUCCACGGUGGGCAUGCCUUUGCUCGCCAGCGUCGUGCUGCGCGGCCGAAAGGAACGGCGCGACGACGCCGCGCGGCGCGUUCACCUCGCGCUGCUAG